AGGAGCGUGAGAGUUAGAUGGGAGCAGUUUGCUGCUAAAACGCGAGCUUCAGCAGACUGGCACAGGCGGUGGAAGGGGCACAACAUGCCGGCCACCUGCCCCCGAGCACGGCCGGGGCUUUCUGCGGGCUUUGCAGAAUAUCUGAGGACUUGUUUUUGCAUUUACUAUCUCCAUUGCUCGUGCCCCUCCGUGUCACUCCUACAAAGAAGCCUCGCUGAUUUGGGUUUCUAAUUACCCUGCUGAGAGCAAUGGAGAUACUCAAUAUUUGCAGAAUUUCCGCGUGCUGAAAUCAGGGUACAGGUGGAGGCUCUGGGACUCCUGCCUUUUCGCAUACAGGGGAUUUUUGCCUCGGUGUCACGGCUCGAGCAGUACGAGGGAUUUCUGGCCGAGCUCAGCGUUGAGAAGCUCAGCUCCUGUCCCGCAGCUGAGCUCGUGGCUGUGCCGGUGGGACUCGGAUUCGCAGGGUUCAGAUAGGACAGCUGGUGGGAGAAGUCCCGCAGAAUUACAGACCUGCUGCAGGGUUUAAAGUUCUGGGGAAACAUAAGCAGCUUAGUUCCUGCAGUAGUUGGAGCAGGCUUUUGUUGGAUUCCCUGACCUAUUUCUUUGCCGUGUUAUUUACUUGAACUAAAUUGAAUAUAGCGUAUUAAAAUGUUGUAAUCAAAAAGGGCCUGGCAGCAUGCGGCUUACAUUCUCAUUGCAAUAAGCAUUAACAGUAAAAAUGGAAUUAAAAGAACAGUGGUUUUUUUUUUCAUUUUUUUUCUGACGUUUAGAUGUUGAACUUAGUGAUCUGGUUUAGUGGAGGACUUGUUAGUGUUAGGUCAGAGGUUGGACUGGGUGAUCUUGGAGGUCUCUUCCAACCUAGACAAUCCUGUGAUUCUGUGAUUUUUUCUGUGGGGGGGUUGCAGUUUUUAGUAUAAAUAAAAAUAGCAUUUCUCAUAAUAGAAAUAAUGUAUUUCUAUGGGUGAAAAUUUGUUUUUCAGAGCUAUAUUAAAUGUUUGUUCAUUAUAUUGAUAUAAAUGUGGUAACGGGUCUUUGCUUUGAGUUUCUAGAUGUAAUUCCAAAGAGUGUUGAAAAGCUGAGAUUAUUCACAGAAAUAUGCUUUUUUUUUUCCUUUCCUCGUUUUCUCUUUGUAAUAUUUUGUUUUAAUCAGGCAAAUUGUAUUGCUUUCCAUCCUCUGCUUCCACUUGAACUCUGAAUUCUGCUUCAGGAGCUUUUACACUUCUAUUCUUAGGAAUUUUUGCAGGUCACAUGCAAAGCCAUGUGUGUGCAUGCAUGCGUGGAUGUCUUUAGACAGCAUACCAAUAAUUAGAAUAACCCUGCAAAGUGAUGGCUUUGCUUCAGGAGAACCCAGUGCAAAAACAGAAACUUUCCUCUGUUUUCAGGGUCUUUGUAAACAGAAGUUUAGCCAUGGAAAAGAUAAAGUGCUUUGGGUUUGAUAUGGAUUAUACGCUUGCCGUGUAUAAAUCCCCUGAAUACGAAUCUCUUGGAUUUGACCUGACCGUAGAAAGAUUAGUUUCCAUUGGAUACCCUCAUGAGCUGCUCAAUUUUGUGUAUGAUCCUGCAUUCCCUACCAGAGGCCUGGUGUUUGAUACCCACUAUGGAAACCUGCUGAAAGUUGAUGCCUAUGGAAACCUCCUGGUGUGUGCACAUGGCUUUAAUUUCCUCAGAGGGCCUGAAACGCGGGAACAAUACCCAAACAAAUUUAUCCAGAGGGAUGACACAGACAGGUUUUACAUUCUGAACACGUUGUUCAAUCUACCAGAGACCUACCUUUUGGCUUGCCUAGUGGAUUUCUUUACUAACUGUGACCGGUACACUAGCUGUGAAACAGGGUUUAAAGAUGGAGACCUCUUCAUGUCCUUCAGGAGUAUGUUCCAAGAUGUCAGAGAUGCUGUUGACUGGGUUCAUUACAAGGGAUCGCUCAAGGAAAAGACCCUUGAGAAUCUGGAAAAGUACGUGGUGAAAGAUGGGAAGCUGCCUCUGCUGCUCAGCCGCAUGAAUGAAGUCGGAAAGGUGUUCCUGGUCACAAACAGCGACUACAAAUAUACAGAUAAAAUUAUGACCUACUUGUUUGACUUUCCACAUGGACCAAAGCCUGGGAGUGCCCACCGGCCGUGGCAGUCCUACUUUGACCUGAUCCUGGUGGAUGCCCGAAAACCCCUCUUCUUUGGGGAGGGCACCGUGUUGCGGCAGGUGGACACGGUGACCGGGAAGCUGAAGAUUGGUACCUACACUGGCCCACUGCAGCAUGGCAUCGUGUACUCUGGAGGCUCCUCAGACACAGUCUGUGACCUGCUGGGGGCCAAAGGGAAGGAUAUCUUGUACAUCGGAGACCACAUCUUUGGGGACAUCCUCAAAUCCAAGAAGCGCCAGGGCUGGAGGACCUUCCUGGUGAUCCCCGAGCUGGCACAGGAGCUGCACGUCUGGACUGACAAAAGCGCCCUUUUUGAAGAGCUGCAGAGCCUGGACAUUUUCUUGGCCGAGUUAUACAAGCAUCUGGACAGUAGCAGCAAUGAACGCCCUGACAUCAGCUCCAUCCAGAGACGCAUUAAGAAAGUGACCCACGACAUGGACAUGUGCUACGGGAUGAUGGGCAGCCUCUUCCGCAGCGGCUCCCGGCAGACGUUGUUUGCCAGCCAGGUGAUGCGCUACGCCGACCUCUACGCAGCCUCCUUCAUCAACCUCCUCUACUACCCCUUCAGCUACCUCUUCAGAGCCGCGCACGUCCUGAUGCCACACGAGUCCACGGUAGAGCACACGCACGUUGACAUCAACGAGAAGGAGUCGCCGAUGGCCACGCGCAAUCGCACCUCAGUGGAUUUUAAAGAUUCCGACUACAAGCGGCAUCAACUGACCCGCUCCAUCAGUGAGAUCAAACCGCCCAACCUCUUCCCCCAGGCACCUCAGGAAAUCACACACUGCCACGAUGAAGAUGACGACGAGGAAGAGGAGGAGGAGGAGGAAGAGGAGGAAGAGGAAUAAGAAGGAAAAAGCAAAGCAUCUCUGAAGACAAACCAUGACUCUAGCAGUGAUCAGGAGCAGAGUCCUAUGUGGGGGCCCUUGGGGUGAUGGGUUUGGGGGGGUGUGAUUCUUGCAAAAGGCACAUUUUGAAAGUGUCCGGAAACUUUUAACAAAUUAACACUAAUCAGGAGGAGACCCUUGUUUUCAGUUUUGCAGACGGUUCAAAAAGCCGAAGGAUUCUGCCCGGGUGGUGCAUUCAGAUCGGACUGCCUGCCCGUGCUGUAAUGCUGCUCCCAUUACCUUUGGGGAUGCUGCAUGUUUUUCCCUUUCCCAUGACGUGUUCCAUUUGAUUUUCAUUUGAACGGUGUCCUGUAAACGGUUUUCGCCAUUUGUUACAUUCACUGUGAAGGAGGAAGGGAUGUGCUGGGCCCUGCAGGAGGCAAAACGAUCCAAAUCCUCCUGCCCGUGGGGUUGCUGCCCUUACCUCUCUUCUUCUGUGUUACAACCACCACCCUCCUGCUGGCCACGGCGCUGCUGUGGCUUCCAGCUCUGCGUUCACCCUCUGCUUGGUGUGAGUUUCUCCAUGUAAGUGGUUCGAUUCCUCCGUCCGUCACAGCGGUGGGAUUCCGGCUCUUACUUGCACAGCUGCAGCUGUACACAUUUUGGCUUGUAGGCGCCUGUUAUCCCCUCCCCGUGUUUCAGAGCUUUCUUUCAUCAUUGGCAUGUGAUGCAUGACUUCCAGCGCGUUUCUCCAGCAGCUGAGCCGCACGCCGUGUUCUCAACUCGUUCUGUAGUUUCACCAGUAAAUAUUAACCCAGCAGCUCGAAGCUCCCGCUUUAGCGUUACGUUAGCUUGUUUUCCUCACUGCCUGUUACUGACCUUCCUGUCUGCUCAGCUUUAAGAAAGCGAAGCAUCCCAAAGACAAAACCAGCCACCAUCUGGAGCGAAAGGGCCUGUUUUCCAGGGUGCUGCGGGCCGCGCGUGCCUGCCCUAAACCAGGAGCGAGCACACGCCGCAGGGCCAGCCCCGCGGUGCGAGCCGGGACGCUCCCGUCCUGCAGGCAGCUGCCUUUGCCUUUGACCUGGCACGGAGCACGCAGAAGCUCACCGCAGGGAGCCGUGAGCCAGCCCGGGGACGGUGCGGGGACAGGGCACGGCCGGGCAGCAGCGCCCGGUGGCUUCCCUCCGUGUCCUGGGUGCAGCCUCCCUUGCUCCAGCCUGUGUCGUUCGCGUCUGAAGGGAUUACAGCGGGGGCCCUCUUGUAACGAAUUCGACUGUUGUUUCAGUACCAUAAAUGCAUUUAAUCUUUUUCUUUUUUCUUUUUUUUUUUUUUUCCAUUUUAAAGUACCUUAGGAGAAAAUAAACAAAAUACACACCGCCAUCUGAGCAGGAAAUGCUGCUGCUGAAGUGGCAGUUUUCAAGUCAAUAAAUCUUGAUGUUUC